GUUGGCUCAGGCAAGGUACGGACGAUACAAAUGGUGGACAUACACGCGCCCUGAUGAUGAAUCUGAACUCAAGUCUCUUGCUCAGGCACUUCUACUAGAUGGUGGCUGCCUUCGUUGAGCGGAGUACAUUCAGCCAUCGAUUUCGAGCUGGGGGAUCUGUAUCGUGCCUGAGGUACAACUGGAGUAUCAGGUACCCGGUAUGGUUUUCAUACUGUUUAGAUCCAUCUUUGGCGGUAAAUUCUGCCUUACUGUGAUUCCAGUCACUCUCCCUCAUCGUCGUUAAACCCCUUCCUCCCUCAACAUACUUUUCGCAGACCUUUCUCAUCAUCGUCCACCUCUUUUGACAUCUCUUACGCCGCCUGUCUCACCCUAUCUUGCCUGCGUCCUCUCCAUCUUCAGUGCGUUUAUCUAUCGGUAACCGCUCCGCCCACCAGCUAGCAAGAACCGUCGUGAUUUGCGGCAGCAUCUUAAUCUGAGUACCCCUUCGAUCUAUUCGUCCCUUCAGGAGUGUCAACAUCCCCGAUCCCUUUAUCAUUGCACACCUCCAGCCUAGGUUCCGUGGCAUUGCAUUACAAUUUUCCCUCUAUCGCCAUGGAGGGAAGCUCUACCGCGGUUGAUGGAGGUUCCACCAUCGAAGAGGAAACAAAAACCCUCAAUCUGAUAACUUUGCUAUCUGAUCCAAGCCACCCCAAAAGUCACCUGACGAGCCAGAACGAUACGGCCAUUUGGUUCUCCAGGAUCCCUCUAGACGUCCGGCUGAUGAUUUACGAAUUAGCUGUCUAUGUGGAAAAGCCUAUUGAGCCCAGACAAAUUCUCCCUCGAUCGAACAAAUUCUGGUGGAAAAGAUCCAAACCCGGAGAACCAGUUGGACCGCAGUUGACGGUGGUGACCCUUUCCCAAACAUGCCGGCGGAUUUACUUCGAGAUUGAAUCUCUAGCCGUAUUCUACCGCAUAAACACCUUUCGGUUUCGGCCGCCCUUUGAUCCUACGCCAUAUUUGACCGCUAUAACCCCAUGGAGACGACAGAAUAUUCGUUCUGUCCAGUUCCUCAUGCGGGGUUCGUAUCCGGACACUUACGCUUUCUUUAUUUCACAUUUCACCAACAACAUCCACACCGUGGCUCUGUUGAACCAGUGCCGGCUGAACACAAUCACGCUAACCUUGGACCUGAGCGCCCAUUUCUCGAGCACGCGUGGUCACAAAUACAAUUGGACGCCCGCCGCCAACCCCCCCAUUAAUGGCAUUGUAUUUCAAACGCAACAGAUAGGGGGGUUGCUAAGAGAUUUCCUUAACGAGAUUAAUAAUACCGACUACCACCGGGCAAGCAUGUGGAAUAUGGAAAAUCUCAGACUUGAGGUUCUUAUGGAAGAUCGCACCUUUAAACUCGGAUUCCGCCCAAGCGUACAAAUAAGCCAGUUCCAGGUGACCGGCGAAGACGCCCCUCCAGAGGUAGGCCAAAUAUUUCAGUGGUUGAAUAAUGUCAACCAUGCGUUCAUCAUCCGGAAGAGGAACCUUGAAAUAACUCACGCCAAUGGAGGCUGGGAAGCAUGGAAGGAAAGGGUCUCAGGCAGGCAGCAGGUAGCUAGAGCCUUGGAACAUGCAAAUAUAGACUUCCCAGGGGACGACCGAAUCGACCAGGACCUUCUCGCCAGCUCUACCAGCAGAAUCUCGUCAAGGACAAGAUUCAGGUCAAGACGGCCAGAUACUAAACUGGGCGUGAAUGUGCGGGUCAAACCGAAGUAUUCGUUGCAGGGCAAUCUCGUGUGGGAGGUCGACCACAUCACUGAUAUCCGAUGGGGCGAGUCUGAUAUCGAGUGCCGCGUCACUUGGGUGGAUGAAGGCGAGCCAUCAUGGGAACCGCUGCACACGCUGGCAUGCGACGCCUUGGAGGUCAAGAUUCGCGCCUACUACAUAAAAAUCUUGGUGCCAAACUUGGCUAGACGCAGGUGGGAAGAUCAUCGUGCCCUCUUGAGGCAGAGGGAAGCCAUGGUUUCGCCGAAGGACAUACUCGAAGCCUUGGGUGGCGACUCGCCAGCCUUUCACGACUUGGAAUUCCCAUCACGUGUUGAGACCCUCAGAAACACCUGGGAAGAACUAAAGUUCAAGUGGGACAUCCAGCUCGCGCAGCUGCGUUCACAGGUAUCUGAGGAAGAGGGAGAGGGAGAAGAGGAGGAAGAGGAAGAAGAGGAGGAGGAAGAGGAGGAAGAGGAGGAGGAAGAAGAAGAGGAAGAAGAAGAGGAAGAAGAAGAAGACGACGAGGAAGAGGAAGACGACGAGGAAGCGGAGGACGAGGAAAUGGAAGAAGAGGAGGAAGAAGAGGGGGAGGAGGAGGAAGAGGAAGAAGAAGAAGAAGAGGAGGAGGAGGACAACGACGACUACGACGAGUUAGAUGAGUGGACGACAUCUGCGAGACUGGCCUAGCCGGGAACCACAAGUCAAACCACUCUGAUAAUCUGGCUCACGGACCACCACCUAGAAGACUGGGGCCAGGCGGUCCCCAAGGACAAAUCUGCCAACCAGCUCUUCUCACUAUUACUAUACCUGUCAUCUGAGCUCAGGACCACGCUCGGGUGGAUGGGCUCACCAACAUUUCAGGUUUUAUUUUUCUUUCACCAAGGGCGGGGGACGUUGUUAUAGCUCCUCUUACGAGAUUCUUACUUUGAUACCCUCUCAAGUUUAUCUGAGUCUACCUCAGUAUGCUUGACUUCACUUCCCCCAUUUCCCUUUCCCCCUUUCACCUGAUUUCAUCUUGUUCCAUCAAUCUCUCGGUUGUUCAUCCGUUUGUUCACUUCACUUUCCAUUUCCUUUCAUCUCACUCUUUCCGGCCCCCCGUAAUGCUACCCCUCUCAAGAUUGAGACUAUUGAGAUUGCUGCAUCCCAUCAGGUGGAUAGCACUCUCCGGAUGGCUUCCUGGGCGGCUGUGAAAAGAACAAAAUAAUCCCCUCAAAAGCACAAAAAAAAAAAACGGAAAAGAGAAAACCACCUAAAAAAAAAGUCACUCACUUGGUCUUCACCAUUACCAGGGUCUGGUCAGAUACGCGCCACCCGAGUUGACAAGACAAUGCCAGGCCUACUGUCAAGGUACCCUGUGUUACACCCGGAUCCCUGGACCUG